CCUUCUAGAAUCAAUAUUAUACAAAGAUUCGUUUAUACUUCGCGGCAAAAUUCAAUUCACAAUUGUGAAGGAUUUUUAUAUACAUAUAUCAUUAUGAUGGACAAGAAUUGGUAUUCUGAACCCAGAUAACACGAUGGGUGGAACAUUUCAUAGUGCCAAGCAGUUAAUAAAUCUGAGUGAUCACGAAUUUUCUGCAACAUGAGUGCUUCACAAAAAGACAAGGCAUCUGUCCAACCGGACUCCCAAAAACAGAACAUAACUUUCGCGGUGGAGCAUACAUCGGCUAUUAGUCCAAAGGCAGGGCAGGCUCGCAACAGAAAUUCGCUGAAGGAUGUGCUUUCCUCUGGAAACAAAUUAAUUGGUGCGUUUCAUGCUCCAGACUCCGCAUAUCCUCUACUCGCAACAUCAAAAGCCCAUGAACAUAAACGGGAUCAACACCAUCAGUUUCUCGACAUCUUGAAUAAGUCCUUCUCACGUAAUAAAUCGGAUCAACAGUCGGAGCAGGAUUGUGUUACAGUUGGUCAAAGGACCACCAACGAUUUGGGAGUGGGAUCUUCUGUAUCAAGGCUUCCAAAGAAGGGAUCAUCACGUUCAUUUUUUCUAAAACGUCAACAUUCGCUGUCCGAUGUAUGGCAAACGACCCUUAAAUCUACCACAGCUAUGAGCCAAGCAGCAGCUAGAAUGGACAGCACCGAGAUGACAUCCGCAUCCGGAAUUGAUGGGCGCAGGUUCAAUUCGGAUGUUGAUGGACCAAAUGGCGGGGUCGGAGGGUCCGAGCCAGCAGGAGCAACAGGUGGUGAAAUCAAUAUUGGUGGCACAACUAUACCCAUUGCACCUAAAAAGCCAACUCGUAGAGCCGGUGUAAAGCCUCAACCUGAUCGACCUAUGCGUGCAUUGUUUUGUUUAACGCGAACGAAUCCUCUCCGAAAACUCUGUAUUGCAAUUGUAGAAUGGAAGCCCUUCGAAUACUUAAUUUUGUUGACAAUUUUCGCCAAUUGCGUUGCCUUAGCUGUUUACACCCCUUUUCCAAACAGUGAUUCGAAUAGCACAAAUGCGGCACUAGAGAAGAUCGAAUAUAUUUUUUUAGUCAUAUUUACUGCAGAAUGCAUAAUGAAGUUGAUUGCGUACGGGUUUAUACUACAUCCUGGUUCAUAUCUGAGGAACGGGUGGAACAUACUCGAUUUUACAAUUGUAGUCAUUGGUAUGAUUUCGACAGCCUUGUCUAAUCUAAUGAAGGAAGGAUUCGACGUUAAAGCUCUUCGUGCGUUUCGGGUACUCAGACCCUUGCGUUUGGUAUCAGGGGUGCCUAGUUUGCAAGUUGUCCUUAAUUCGAUUCUACGAGCCAUGGUGCCUUUACUACAUAUAGCUCUACUGGUAUUGUUUGUGAUAAUCAUUUACGCCAUCAUAGGAUUAGAACUUUUCUCGGGUAAAUUGCACAAAUCUUGUUUUCACAAUGAAACGGGUGAGAUUAUGGACGAUCCACAUCCUUGCGGAGAAGAUGGAUUUCAUUGUGACACCAUUUCACCCGAAAUGGUAUGCAGAUACUACUGGGAAGGGCCCAACUUUGGCAUAACGAAUUUCGAUAAUUUUGGUCUAUCAAUGCUAACAGUUUUCCAAUGUGUAACAUUGGAAGGAUGGACUGAUAUGCUGUAUUACAUUGAAGAUGCAAUGGGCAGCAGUUGGCAAUGGGUGUACUUCAUCUCAAUGGUCAUUCUGGGAGCGUUUUUUGUCAUGAAUCUCAUCCUCGGUGUACUGAGCGGCGAAUUUUCUAAGGAAAGGACGAAGGCAAAAAAUCGUGGCGAUUUUCAAAAGCUUCGUGAAAAGCAACAAAUAGAAGAAGAUCUAAGGGGUUACUUAGAUUGGAUAACCCAGGCAGAAGACAUCGAUCCCGAUAACGAAGCUAGUGGAAAUCAGGAGGGCAAAGUGAAAAAUACGAUUGAGCUUGAUUCAUCUGAUAACCUUGGUGAAGAUGGAGAAGUACAACAAGUAUCAUGGUUUUCCCGAAAACGCAAAUCGAUAGAUCGUGUAAAUCGACGAUUGCGACGUGCCUGUCGUAAGGCAGUUAAAUCACAGGCCUUCUAUUGGCUUAUUAUUAUAUUAGUUUUUUUGAAUACGGGUGUUUUAGCCACUGAACACUAUCGGCAACCUCCAUGGUUGGAUGAUUUCCAAGAGUACACAAAUAUGUUUUUCGUGGCCCUGUUUACAAUGGAAAUGUUGCUAAAGAUGUAUAGUUUGGGAUUUCAGGGGUAUUUUGUAUCCCUUUUCAACCGAUUCGACUGCUUCGUCGUCAUCGGCAGUAUAGGAGAGAUGAUACUCACUAGCACCCAAAUCAUGCCUCCGCUUGGAGUAUCUGUCUUGCGAUGUGUUCGUCUUCUUCGAGUUUUUAAAGUAACUAAGUACUGGCAAUCGCUCUCAAAUUUAGUUGCAUCACUGCUAAAUUCCAUUCAAUCGAUUGCAUCGCUUCUGUUACUAUUGUUUCUAUUUAUUGUUAUUUUUGCCC